GGAGAGCGGGCGGGCGAGUGUGUGGUGCGAGGCGGCGCUGAGGGGGAGCCCGCCGGUGGCGGCGACGGCGGUCGUAGUGGCGGCGGGGGCAGGAAGGACGGGAGACGGGCAGGCGGGGCGAGCGAGGGUGCCCGGCGCGCCUCUGCCGGUCCGUGAGGAGGAGGAGCAGCAGCAGCCGCCGCCACUACAGCGGAGGAAUCCGCGCUCGCUCAAUCCUUGCGAGGAGAAAAGAGGCGGCGGAGCGAGAGGGAAGGAAGGAAGGAGGGACGGAGGCCGCUUCCUCCGCGUCGGCCCGACAGGGACCCACCCGGGCCGCCGCCCCGCAGCGCGUCACACCCUCCGCCGCACACCGCCCGGCGGGCGACUGACUGGCUGAAGGGGAGUCCGGCCCCGCCCGCCCGCUCGGGGGCGCCACACCGCCUCCCCCUCCCGCCUCUGCGCCGGGGGCAGGGGGAGAGGAGAGGGGAGGGGGGCCUCGCGCUCGCUACCUCCCCCCCCCCCCGCCGCCGCCGCCGCCGCCGCCGCCAGUCAAUCGGCCGGCCGGGCCCGCCCACCUGCGCGUCGUCCUCAGACAUGCCCCGCUCUGGAGGCCGGGCUCGCCGAGGAGGAUCAUGACUGCGGCGGCGAACGGGGCGAGCCUGGAGGACUGUCACUCCAACCUCUUCUCCCUGGCGGAACUCACUGGCAUCAAGUGGCGGAGGUAUAACUUUGAAGGCCAUGGCGACUGUGGCCCUAUUAUCUCAGCCCCCGCUCAAGACGAUCCAAUUCUUCUGAGCUUCAUCCGCUGUUUGCAGGCCAAUCUGCUGUGUGUCUGGCGUCGUGAUGUCAAGCCGGAUUGUAAGGAGUUAUGGAUUUUCUGGUGGGGAGAUGAACCUAACUUAGUAGAUGUGAUACAUCGUGAGCUGCACAUGGUGGAAGAAGGACUCUGGGAGAAUGGGCUUUCCUAUGAGUGCAGAACCCUGCUGUUCAAGGCAAUCCACAACUUGCUAGAAAGAUGCUUGAUGGAUAAGAACUUUGUGAGGAUUGGAAAAUGGUUCAUCCGGCCUUAUGAGAAAGAUGAAAAGCCCAUUAACAAAAGUGAACAUCUAUCCUGCGCCUUCACAUUCUUCCUUCACGGGGAAAGCAAUGUGUGUACAAGUGUGGAGAUUGCCCAGCACCAACCAAUCUAUCUUGUCAGCGAGGAGUAUCUCCACAUGGCUCAGUCCUCCCCUACACCAUUCCAAGUGCUGAUAAGCCCUUAUGGCUUAAAUGGUACUUUGACGGGCCAAGCGUACAAGAUGUCAGAUCCAGCAACCCGUAAGCUAAUUGAGGAGUGGCAGUAUUUUUACCCAAUGGUGCUGAAGAAGAAAGAGAACUUGAAAGAGGAAGAACUCGGAUAUGAUGACGAUUUUCCUGUGGCUGUUGAAGUUAUAGUUGGUGGUGUACGAAUGGUGUAUCCUUCAGCUUUUGUUCUUGUCUCUCACAACGACAUUCCUGUGUCUCAGAGCACUUCUACACUAGGAGGCCACGGCAGUGUGGCUCAACAGGGAGCUGGGAAUACGAAAGAUCCCAGCAGUUGUGGAAUAUUACUCACACCACCCACCUCACCAGAGCAGACUAUAAUAGGGGAAAGUGGAGGCAUUUCGAGCAUAGUCAGUCACCCGGCCACAUCAGAUGUGGUGGUCACUGUGCAGAGUCCAAAGAAAUCAGGGAAGAUUCCUCCGAAAUUCCAGAAUCGUAUGGUCCACAGAGUUUGGAAGGAGUGCAUCCUCAACAGGCCACCAUCCAAGAGGAAUCAAAUUACUGCUGGGGUUGUGGAGGAAGAAGCCCCCAAUAACAGUGCGUCUUGGGACUUCGUUGAUCCUGUCCAAAGAGUCUGCUGUUCUUGUUCCAGGCACAAGCUCCUCAAGCAACGCUGUGCUGUGGGUUCCAGUCGUCCGCCAACGAUAUCACAGCCAGGAUUUGGUGCAGGUUCCUUGUCCUCGGCCUCCUUGCCGCCUCCUGCCUCUAAGCACAAAACCACCGAGAGGCAGGAGAAAUCAGAAAAGCUUCAGAAGAGAUUGCUGCUGCCAUUUCACCAUCGUCCUUCUGUCACUGAAGAGCUGUGUGUGGAGCAGGACCCGUCAGGACAGAAGCUGGCCUUGGCAGGGAUGGACCCUUCCUUGGAAGCCUCCAAUAGCAGGAAAUAUGAGAAGCAGCUCUCUCUGCCUCCAAGGCACCUGAGCAAACCAACAAAUUUGAAUCCUAUGGAUUCCCCCCAUUCCCCCACAUCCCCUCUGCCCCCCACACUCAGCCCCCAGCCAAGAGGACAGGAAACAGAUAGUUUAGACCUUCCGUCAGUUCCUGUGAAUCCAGCUCUCUACACUAGUGGAUUAGAACUUCAGCCAAUGGCCAGCGCAGAGGACAGGACAGUUCUUGUAGGCCAAAGGCUUCCUCUGAUGGCGGAAGUCAGCGAGACAGCUUUAUACUGCGGCAUCUCACCCAACCAAGAAGCGUCAACGAAGUGGCAGGGGUAUGUUCUUCCAUCAAACGAUGAUUCAGAGUUCAAACCCCCCGAGCUCCAUUGUGAAAGAUACGACAGCAAGACGGAUGCAGUCUCUGACAGCACUGCGCUGAAAAGGCUCUUAGCACAACCUAACAAACGGUUUAAAAUCUUGGAAGAAACUCCCCCGGUGUCGGCAAUGAAUUAUCUUGAUUCCUUACCUCUGAUCCAGCAGUCUGGCGAAUGCUUGGGAGAAGUCAGUGAUCCAUAUACAUUUCAGGAUGGUGACAUCAAGUACAGCUUCACUGGCACUAAAAAAUGCAAACUUGGGACUGAGAGAGACUCCCUGAAGAAGAACAAGUCGGAAGAUGGAACUGUAACUAAGGAGAUUUCUGCAUCCGGUCAUUCCACCACCAUGCCAGAUGGGAAAGACGCAAUGUCCAUUUUCAGUUCUGCUCCUAAAACAGAUACCCGGCAAGAUAAUGCAGCAGGUCGAGCUGGUACUGGCAGCCUCACACAAGUAACAGACUUGGCCCCAUCACUACAUGAUUUAGACAACCUCUUUGAUAAUUCAGAUGACGAUGAGCCUGGAGCUGUGUCACCUGCCCUACGAUCAUCAAAAAUGCCUGCUGUGGGAACUGAAGAGCGCCCUCUGGGUAAGGAUGGCAGAACAGCAGUACCUUAUCCACCAACUGUGGCAGAUCUGCAGAGGAUGUUUCCAACACCACCCUCCUUGGAGCAGCACCCUGCUUUCUCCCCUGUGAUGAGUUACAAAGAUGGCAUCAGUUCAGAAACCGUGACUACCCUGGGGAUGAUGGAGAGUCCUGUGGUCAACAUGGUUACAAACCAACUCACUGAGUUUAAGAUGGAGGUAGAAGAUGGGCUGGGUAGCCCCAAGCCAGAAGAAAUUAAGGAUUUCUCCUAUGUGCACAAAGUUCCAACCUUUCAGCCCUUUAUGGGAUCCUCCAUGUUUGCUCCACUGAAGAUGCUCCCAAGCCAGUGCCUGCUACCUCUGAAGAUUCCAGAGGCCUGUGUCUAUCGGCCUUCCUGGGCAAUUCCUCCAAAAAUCGAACAACUUCCUUUACCACCUGCAGCUGCUUUCAUCAGAGAUGGCUACAACAACGUGCCCAGUGUCGGGAGCCUAGCAGAUCAAGACUAUCUUCAAAUGAACACUCCCCAGAUGAGCACUCCUGUGACGCUAAAUAGCACUGCCCCGGCUAGCAAUAGUGGAGCGGGAGUACUGCCUUCUCCUGCCACACCUCGCUUUUCCGUCCCUACACCACGCACACCCAGGACCCCAAGGACUCCUCGAGGUGGGGGCACUGCUAGUGGGCAAGGAUCUGUAAAAUAUGACAGCACAGACCAAGGGUCACCAGCUUCAACACCCUCCACGACCCGGCCUCUCAAUUCCGUGGAGCCAGCCACUGUCCAACCGAUUUUGGAAGCUCACAGCUUGUAUGUCACACUCAUCCUUUCAGAUUCCGUGCUGAAUAUCUUUAAAGAUAGCAACUUUGACAGCUGCUGCAUUUGCGCUUGCAACAUGAAUAUUAAAGGUGCAGAUGUGGGAUUGUAUAUCCCAGAUUCGUCUAAUGAGGACCAGUAUCGGUGCACUUGUGGAUUUAGUGCAAUUAUGAACCGCAAACUAGGGUACAACUCUGGGUUGUUUAUUGAGGACGAAUUGGAUAUUUUCGGCAGGACUUCAGACAUCGGCCAAGUCGCAGAGCGGAGGUUGAUGAUGUGUCAGACCACCUUGAUUCCUCAGCUAGGAGAGGGAUCCAAAAGGGCUCAGGAGCUCCCCAUGAGCCUUCUCCUCCUCCUCCAGAAUCAACACACCCAGCCUUUCACCUCACUUAGCUACUUGGAUUAUAUGUCUGCUAACAGCCGGCAGGUGCUCUCUUACACAAACUGGAGUUACGACAGAGUUCAGGCAGAAAGCAAUGAUUCCUGGAUGGAGUGUUUCAAUGCCCUAGAGCAAGGGAGGCAGUACGUGGACAACCCUACAGGUGGGAAAGUUGAUGAAGCCCUCGUCAGAAGUGCCACAGUUCACUCUUGGCCUCACAGCAAUGUCCUAGACAUCAGCAUGUUAUCCUCCCAGGAUGUAGUUCGCAUGCUCCUGUCUCUCCAGCCUUUUCUACAGGAUGCCAUCCAGAAGAAGCGGACUGGCAGGACCUGGGAAAACAUUCAGCAUGUUCAAGGCCCCCUUACCUGGCAGCAGUUCCAUAAAAUGGCGGGACGGGGAACCUACGGUUCAGAGGAGUCUCCCGAGCCUCUUCCAAUCCCUACUUUGCUGGUUGGGUACGACAAGGAUUUCCUGACAAUCUCUCCGUUCUCCUUGCCGUUCUGGGAGAGGCUGCUGCUGGACCCAUACGGGGGUCAUCGAGAUGUUGCUUACAUCGUGGUGUGUCCAGAAAACGAGGCCUUGCUUGAUGGAGCCAAAACUUUCUUCAGGGACUUGAGCGCCGUAUACGAGAUGUGUCGGCUUGGCCAGCAUAAACCAAUUUGCAAAGUGCUGCAUGAUGGGAUCAUGCGAGUGGGAAAGACGGUGGCCCAAAAGCUGACAGACGAACUUGUAAGCGACUGGUUUAACCCACCCUGGGGCAAUGACGACUGCGACAAUCAUUCCAGGCUCAAACUUUAUGCUCAAGUUUGUCGUCACCACCUAGCACCUUACUUAGCCACUUUGCAGCUUGAUAGCAGCCUGCUGACACCACCAAAACACCAGACUGCACCGCCGCCCUCAAGCCAGGAACAGAUUAUAUCUGGGAACUCAGCACCAAUCCCCCCCAACUCUGCCUGUCUUUCUGCACCUGGUGCUCCCCCAAGUGGCAGUACGUUCACUUCCACACCCAAUGGUGGUGGGACCACAAACCUCCCAGCAGGUGGCAGUUUAGCCUCUGGAUCCACAGUGCCACAGCUAUCAGCACCCUCCGCCGUACCCAGUAUUAACCAGACAAGCACUACCUCCUCGUCAGGGUUCAGUGGCAGCCUGCCGCCAGGUCAAAACUCAGUCCCUGGGGCAAACUCCUCAGAGAGACCCCAAGGAAGCACAAUCUCGGGAGGAGACACAGAGACGGGAAAUAACUCAUCUCAACAGCAACAAGAAGGGCAGGAAAACUCUACGGAGAGGGAGAGGAUAGGCAUUCCCACUGAGCCAGAGUCAGCAGAUAGCCAUACCUACCCUCCUGCGGUUGUCAUCUAUAUGGUGGAUCCGUUUACCUAUACUGCAGAUGAGGAAUCUGCCUCUGCCAACUUCUGGCUCUUGAGCUUGAUGAGAUGCUACACGGAGAUGUUGGACAACUUGCCUGAGAAGAUGAGGAAUUCUUUCAUUCUCCAGAUUGUGCCUUGCCAAUAUAUGCUGCAGACCAUGAAGGAUGAGCAGAUCUUUUAUAUUCAGCACUUGAAGUCUCUGGCAUUUUCAGUCUACUGCCAGUGCAGGCGGCCGCUGCCCACGCAGAUUCACAUUAAGUCUCUGACUGGCUUUGGGCCAGCUGCUAGCAUCGAGAUGACCCUCAAGAACCCCGAGCGGCCCAGUCCCAUCCAGUUGUACUCCCCUCCGUUUAUCCUGGCACCCAUCAAAGACAAACAGACCGAGCUGGGGGAGACCUUUGGAGAAGCCAGUCAAAAGUACAAUGUUCUCUUUGUGGGAUAUUGUCUAUCCCAUGACCAGCGGUGGCUUCUGGCCUCCUGCACUGACCUUCACGGGGAGCUGUUGGAAACGUGCAUCGUCAACAUAGAUCUGCCAAACAGAUCAAGAAGAUGCAAGGUGUCAGCUCGGAAGAUUGGUUUGCAGAAGCUGUGGGAAUGGUGCAUCGGGAUUGUUCAGAUGACGUCACUGCCCUGGAGAGUUGUGAUUGGACGCCUUGGACGCCUUGGCCACGGGGAGCUGAAAGACUGGAGUAUCUUGCUUGGGGAGUGUUCGUUGCAGACAAUCAGCAAGCAGCUGAAGGAGGUGUGUCGAAUGUGUGGAAUCUCAUCUGCAGACUCUCCCUCCAUUCUCAGUGCCUGUUUGGUUGCCAUGGAGCCCCAGGGGUCCUUUGUGGUGAUGCCAGAUGCUGUCACCAUGGGGUCCGUGUUCGGCCGUAGCACUGCCCUGAAUUUGCAGUCGUCCCAGCUGAACACGCCGCAGGAUGCAUCGUGUACGCAUAUUUUGGUGUUCCCGACCUCUGCAACCAUCCAGGUCGCUCCAGCGAACUAUCCAAACGAGGAUGGAUUUAGCCCUAAUAAUGAUGACAUGUUUGACCUUCCAUUCCCGGAUGACAUGGACAAUGACAUUGGAAUUUUGAUUACUGGGAACCUUCACUCAUCUCCAAACUCCUCCCCCGGCUCUCCUUCUGGGAUUGGAGUAGGACCAUCUUUCCAGCAUAGUCGGAGCCAAGGAGAACGUCUCCUUUCCCGGGAAGCCCCCGAAGAGCUGAAGCAACAGCCUCUUGCGCUGGGGUACUUUGUCUCUACUGCCAAAGCUGAGAACCUUCCUCAGUGGUUCUGGUCAUCCUGCCCACAGGCCCAGAACCAGUGUCCCCUUUUUCUAAAGGCAUCGCUGCAUCAUCACAUCUCUGUAGCACAGAUGGAUGAGCUUCUCCCUGCCCGGAACUCACAGAGGGUUCCCCACCCCUUGGACUCUAAAACCACAUCGGAUGUCCUGAGGUUUGUUCUAGAACAGUACAAUGCACUGUCGUGGCUCACGUGCAACCCUGCAACUCAGGACCGCAGUUCCUGCCUUCCUGUCCACUUUGUGGUGCUCACACAGCUAUACAAUGCCAUCAUGAAUAUCCUUUAAUGGUGAAGAGUCGCCUGGCGGGUCAUCCCCUUCAACUUGAGAAAUGUGCCAUGGCCUCGUAAGGGUUAGAACUCUCCUUCUGUUCAGACCAGCCUCAAAAGGGCCCCAGCCGUGCUUUGUUUCCACCCCAAGAAUGGAAGGGCCCCCUUCAGUGUUAGGAGUGGGGCAUGUGAGCACUUCACGGUCAAGAGUCUUGGACAGUGGAUGUAUCACAGUGCCACCAAGUCAUUGGUUAUUUGGUGGCUGGACAUUGCGGAAACUCGGGGGCACAGAGAAGACGGCAUCAUUCCGGUGCACGGAUCCCUUUGCUAAAGAGAGAAAGCGUCUGUCACCCUCAGAAGUGAAAUAGCACUGUGACCAUUUUGGGUGGUCCGAAGCUGAAGAUGUCCUUUGAAGACAAAUAAGAUGGGACUUUGGCUACAAAGGAGGAACCGACUGUAGUAGCUUAAAAAUGUGGGAUUUUCUGUCUGCCUGGAAUUCCUGUCAGAAGUGCAUUGGGAUGAAUACCUGCAUUUAAUACCUGUCCAUGUAGAUAUGAAUGGUCUGGAGAUCUUCUAAGUUUUUUGUUUAAUUUAUUUAUAGGCGCUGUUUUAAAUUAUAGAGGACCAGGUACAGUAGGUGAUCCAGCUCCGUUCUGCUCGGAACCGUUUGUCGACAUACCUCUCGCUCUUCCGACCUUGAAAGAAAGGGGUGAAACCCGUUAAAAUUCAAAUCUCAGCUAGGAGGAGCAAACUGGCAAGACCUUUUAGGAGCUGCCAGUUUUUAGGGGACAUUUUGGAUUAAUGAAAUCUUUCUGCAGCAAGGUUUAAAUAACUCAGAUGAAUAAUAAUGUGAUACAGGAAAAACCGAGAACUGUGGGGAAACCCAUUUUAGUUAGUCCCGCAUUAAGGCAAAUUGAAAGUUGAAGUAUCAGUUUGGAGGAACUUGUAAUAAAUUUCAGAAUUAUUCCUAAAGCCUGGGUCAUCCACAAAACGGGACAGGCUGGUCCCCCCAUACGUAUCGGAGGAAUACUUUUUUGUUUACACUCGAAUCAGUUUGAAAUCUGGUGUGUUUUUUCUGUCUAUAGGAAAAAAUAUUAUUUCAAAGAAAUAAUUUUUUAAAGUUAUAUCAUUAAAUUAGUACUUGAAAGUGAAGCCACUGUGGUGUGGGGGGGGGGGGGGAAAUGACUUGGUUUAGUUAAAGCGUUUGCCAUUUUAAAAAAAAAAAGUUUAAAGCAAAUCGUAGUAUUUUCGUGACUCCUUAAUUCUAGGAUUUGAGAGGUUUAUUACGUGAACUCCCAUUUCUGGCGUUCGUUGUUGCACUGUGCGGCGGGCAUGGGCUAUUUCUGAGAGGAGUCGGGCGAGGGGGACCGGCUAGCCAGCCGUCCUCGGAGAAAUACUCUUAAACCAUUUUUGAAGUUCUUCCAAAAGUCUGUCUUGUUCUGGUUAAAAAAAAAAAAAAUUAAAAAAGUUCUAUGAAUUUUAAAAGAAAUAUUUUUCUCGAAAUGAUGUAAAAUUUAAAUCAAAUUUAUUAUUAAAAAGAAAAAAAUUAAUCCCGUGCGAGAGCAAGGAAGGACCGGUCAGAGGAGGACCCUGUAAAAAUGGAUUGCUUUUUUUUUUUCUUCUCUGCUCUAGGCCGUCCACCUGGAGGAAAUCUUUGCAAUGUACAGGAGGAGAACCAGAUAUAUCGAAACCAUUUGUAUCUAUUGUAUACAGUGUAAAAUUGAUUUUAAGAAUAUCGCAGCGCUAUUUUUUCUUAAUCAGAAAGGAGAAUUCUCAAGGCCUUUUGAAGAGCAUUAAAAGAUGAAGAUUGUAAACUUGUAUACAAAAAAAAAUUAAUGGUGAGGAAAACUAUGUAAAAGCAUCUUUUACUACUUUGGGCUUAUUGGUUCCCAAGAUUCACCUGAACUUUGGAUUCUAGUUAGCUUAUUUUUUUUCUUCUAAUGGGCUGUUUUUAUCAAAGGGGUUCUUUUCUUCCCCAGCGAUCCAGUUCUAAUGCAAAAAUUAAUAUCCCCCCCUGCCUCCCGAAUGAGGGGGAGGGGCAGCGAGGAGUUGUUUUCAUCCGGUUGUUGCUUUUAUUUAAUUUUUUUUAAGUUAAGAGAAAACUGGUAACAUAUUUAUACAUUUUUGUGCAAAAAUAAAUGAAUGGCAAUAGAUUUUAAAAGAAGAAGAAAAAAAUCUUAUGUACUUCAGUGUGAGAAAAAAAAAUCUGUAUAAUAUUUCCCUUAAAUAUGCAUUAUUUUACUUGUGAGUUUUUUACUGAAUUAAUCUGAAAAUGUACAAGCCCUGGCUUUCCUACAGAGUGAAAAAGUUAUUUUAUUUUUUUUAAUUUCUAAUUUUGGAAAUCAUGCAGAAAUCAGAAUUAUUACAGUUUGAGCAAAGGGAGGGGUGGGGGUCGCGCAGGGGCGGGGGGGGGGGGUCUGGCAUGCUUGUAUGUAUAUUUCCGAACCUUUUUUAAUGUAAAAGCUGUACAUUUCUUGGGGAGUUCUGAUUUUUUUUUUUUUGGUUUUUUUCUUGAGCAUUUUGCAGUGAGCCUCUUUUAUAUCUAGCCAACAAUUUGAAACAAAACAGAACAAAAGAACUAUGUGGUUCAUUUUAAAUCGACAGUAUAUCGCUGGUACAAUACACUAAAAAAAAGACUUUGAUAAAAAGAAACAAUAAUAAAUAAAAGACCUCCAUUUUAAAUGUCAUUCAUAUAUACCUUGUGGAUGAGAGCUAUAUACUUUUACACACUUUUUUAGAUGAAUAAAUUAUUGAAUUACUGAAAUCUGA